AUGUCAGAAAUUGAUGCAGAGCCAGACAUUGAUGGACUCGCGCAUAAUUUAGACUCAUUAGUGCGCACCAGCGAUGUUAUUACCCCAAACGCCACGGCUUCCCAAACAUCUCUCCUGUCAUUCUCCGACAUGGGUUUGUCUGUGAAUGUCUUGAAGGGCCUCCGCCAAGCGGGUUUCCAGCGCCCCUCGCCUGUCCAGGUCAAGGCCAUUCCUCUAGGACGCCUUGGGGUUGAUUUGAUUGUGCAGGCCAAAUCAGGAACUGGAAAAACCGUCGUUUUUUCCGUGGUAACACUAGAGACCAUCGAUGUGAAAAAGAAAGGCACCCAGGCCAUAAUAAUUUCUCCUACUCGUGAGACCGCAUUCCAGUCAGCAUCCGUUAUCAGUCAGUUAGGUCGCUUCAUUGAUGGCCUUCGUGUCCGGCUGUUUGUCGGAGGCAUACCCUUAUCUGAGGACAUUAAGAGUGUUCAAAAUUGCCAUGUUGCUGUGGGUACCCCAGGCAGACUCAAGUAUCUCAUAAACGCCGGUCACAUGAACUGCGAGGACGUCAGACUCUUGGUUCUGGAUGAAGCCGACCUCCUGUUCAGCGGAGGUGCUGGACCUGACACCACCGACACUGAGCUGCUUGCUGGGAAAAACACAUUUCCUUCUGCCAUCAACUACAUUUGGUGGGCACUGCCAGAAUCCAAACAGGUGCUGGCACUUUCAGCGACGUACAGCGAGCACCUUGUGGAGCAUCAUCUUCCCCGGUACCUCAGGUCGCCGGCUCUAGUGAGACUUUCAGCAAAUGACCCGUCUUUAUUAGGGGUCCGGCAGUUCUUCCACAAGGUUCCGUCGAAGUCAACCUCUCCGGCAGCAUUGUUUAAGGCCAAAAUCAAGGAAUUGUUGAGAAUCCUCAAGGACGUUGAUUUUAGGCAGUGUCUUGUGUUCUCUAAUUUCCAUAAUAGAUUCUUCGAACCAAAAUUCUCUUCAGACAUCGGUUUGUUUGUAAGCAGUCUUGGCACAAUAUUGAAAUGCACCGCUCCUCGGUGGAGCCAACCUAAGGCGAGCCUUGGAAAGGCAUAUGAAGAGAGAUUGGGUGCUGUGGUGUUAAAUUUGGUCUAUCCAGACGCCUCACAGGGAGUUGAUUUGACCGACUCAAAUAGCGCCUUCUACAUCGCUGCACCGAUCCCCGUGCAGUCUCCCGGUGUGCUCCACAAGGCCACUCACGGCGGUUCAGUGAUUACUGGUUGUUAUGAAGUUGCCGAACUAAGGCCGACUGUUUUUGUUAAAGUUUUUAUGCUCCUAAUUGUUUUCACCUUGAGUGCUGAACAGUUAUGCGAAACCCUUCGAAACCUCGGCUGGCCCAUCGCCUACAUCUCCAGUGGCCUCGAUCAAAAGGAACGUUUUAGAGCUUUUAACAGCCUCCGUGCAUUCCAAUGCAGAAUCCUUGUAUCAACAGAUUUGACUUCCCGGGGAGUGGAUGCGGAGAACGUAAACCUUGUGAUUCAUCUUGAAGUGCCAUGGAAUCGGGAUAUUUAUCUUCACCGGAUAGGAAGAGCUGGACGCUUUGGGAGCUAUGGAGCAUCCAUCCUGCUGGUAUCCGAUGCUUCUAACGAAAUGAGCCUUUUGUCUCGAGUCGAAGACCCUAAUUCCACACCGAUUCUUCUACUUCCAGAUCCAAUUCCAGCAGAUCUAACAACAUCAGAGUGUCAAAUUGACGUUUCCAGCCUUGUCAGUGUUACCGAACUCCCCACGACGGCUCAGAGACAUUCCCAUAACCAGGAAGUGUUUAAGAAAGUUGACCGUCCUUCAAAAAAGUCUGUUGUUAGCAUAAGACCUUCAAGUGGUAAAAAGACGGUACUGACAUCCGCGUGUUCCGCUAAAGAAUUGAAUCUGGAGGGAAAUCUGAAGAGCUACGUGGAAGCGAUAAAGAUGAGGCCAUCAAUUAGUGCGUACCUGACCAUGGACGAAGAGGCCAGACAGUCAGUUCCGCCUUCACAGUCAUGUUUACCGAAAUUUAGUGUCGAAGUGGAACAUGCAGUCCUUCAUCAACUAUCUGAGUUUCUUCGACAACCUCUAUUUACCCGUCAUAAGGCGACAAAGGAAUUACUGGAAGCAGCGGGAAAGGAGGAAGAACUAGAACAACCAUUAGAAAUCUCGGAAUCACGGGAAUCUGUGGAGCAUGAUAGAAGCAGUAGCCCUUACCGACCUGUUGUUGCUAACGCUCCACAAACGCGGACCCUUACUCACCGACAAAUGGCGCUAUGGAAUGAGUACUGCCGCCUGGUUGGCUGGAAGGACUACUUUUACCAGGCCUGGUGGAACGUUUCAAGAGAGUACGAAGCGGCCCUUGCUGAGUACAAAGCAGCGGUACAACUCAACUCUGGGGAUGCCGCAAAAACCCUAUUUUUUCAAAGAUAA